UUGGCGGUGCCGGGCAGCCCCGCCGCCUCUCCUCCCCUCGCCGCCGCCCGGCGCGGGCCGGGGGCCGCCGGGGCCGCGCCGGGCAGUGCCAUGAGCCGCGGGUAAGAAAAGAAACUCUAUUCAUGAAAUCCGAAGUGAGAACUUGAAAGAGGACACAGCCCAAUGAAGUACUUUUCUUAAUUGCUUACUUUUUUUUACUUUGGAUAAUAACAUAAUUUAGUAGUUUCAAGUACUAAUAACAAAUGCUUAGUACUUUGUAAGUAAGUAAACUCUAAGACAACUAUGUUACAAACUAAAGAAUGUGAAGCUGGAAACCUAGGCAGAAUAUAUAAUGCCAAUAAUCUCUCUUUUAUGGUAGAAGUGUGAAUAAACCAAUGGGAGACAGUGAAACUAAUCUAGUAAAAAGAGAGAAAGUAACAGGGAUAAACUUAAAGUCAUGUAGCUAGAAGAGUGAAGAUGUAUAUUUGAACACCGUGUUAGCUGAUAGAUUUGGGGAUUGUGCUGCUCUAACCUCACCUUUCUGUGCUAACUGAACCUGAUCCUUUAGAUGAAAUCAGAGUAAAGAAAUCUCUUGUGGCAUGCCUGAGAGGCCACCAACCUUACGUUGUGCGAGUUGGACAGAUGAGCAGGCAUGAGCGUGGCAGUGAAUGUGUAUAAAGGCACAUUUCCUGUGCUGUUGUUCCCCAGUCCUGUUCUUUGUGUGAUAUUGAGGACCAGGCUCGAGCCUGUUAUGGCCCAUGAGCUAGGUAACUUGUGGUGCAGUGUAGCUGGUGGAGCUGGCAAUACCGGCCCAGCAGUUGAAGCAGGAUAACACUUGUUUAUUUGAGUAAAUUGUAAGUUUCAAAAGAAUGAAAAAGAGGUUGAGUAAAUUCUGGUCUUACACACGUGGAAAAGUCACUUAAAUCUCUGGAUUUUUCUUCUUUUCCAUUGGCAAGUUAGAAAUGUUGAUAUCAGAUGUUCACUGUGAAUACUAGCGUUAAUUCAGUGUGCUUUGAAACAUUUAUCCUUGAAUAAAGGCAUCAUGUUCUAGAAGUCCUUACUGCCCUAAAUGAAUCAGUUAGAUGACAACGUGUUUUGGGAAAGAGGACCGUAAUGUAGGCCGAGAGGUUAGAGAAAUAACAAUAAGAGUUAAUACUGUGAGCCUUCAUGAGUGCAUAUGUGGUAUUUGAAAAGGCAUAAUAUAUUCAGAAUAGAAAUCAGCUCUGGAAAUGCAUAAGGAUGUCAUGUGUGCCCAAUAAAGGGGAUGAACAAUGACUUUUCUUACUCUAGGUAAUGCAAAGUAGACACUAGAAAGGGUAUGUUGUGAUUUCAGGGAGGAAGACGGUGGCACUGUGAAAAAUAGGGAGAAUAAUACUGUGUGUCAGGACUGAUGAAGAAUGCAGCACUUAAGGGGCAAAUGAGGGAGUUAAGGCAGUGUUGGCUUUGUGCCGGCAAUACAGUGAAAGACCUGUUCAAAGAAAAGCCUCCCUAUGAAUUUGUCUGAGUUUUUAUGUACUUCUCUCAUAUUGGUGGUCCAAGAACUCUGAAGGUCAGAACCGGCCUUGCAAUGCUGUGUGCAAUUAACCCUGUUCCUGGUGUCCCCUUCUUGAUACAAGGGUUGAAGUUGGCCCUGUUUUGAGCAGGGUUUCUCUGUGGGCUUGUAUGCGCAAAAUCUUUUUCUUUGUGGGCUGGAAUGGAAACAGCAAACAGAAGACGGGUGCAGUCUGGGAACAAUUUUUCUGAAUCCAGCUGAUUUUUCUGAUCCACAAUUGUGGCUUGAGGGAAAAGGAGUCUUAACAUUUAGGGAGCAAAGGCAGAACUGCAAAGUACAGUGUUGUCUGUUCCUCAGAAACCUCUCUGAAAGAGCGACGUUUAUGGCUUUCAGAGGUACCACAAUGAAUAGUGAGAGCUUUAGGAUUAUCGGUUAGCGUUUUCCGUUCUGUGUUUAUUUCCUUCAGUGCACUGAUGCAUAUUGUUAUGGUACGUGUAAAGAUGUUUUUGAUUGCUGAUGAAAAAAAAACCUGUACUACUCCAUUAUUGUAGAGGAUUGUGGUUCAGAUCCACAAAGUAAAGGAUUUGUUUUUCUUUCUAAAACAAGCAGUUGAAUUCAACUUCUUUUCUUGAUGUGUGAGACAGAAUCCCAAUUACAGAAUCAUAAAAAUAUAUGACCCAAUGCUCAUGUCUGAGUUGUGAAUUAUCUGUUCUUGGUCAGUUUAACAUGUUUUUUUAAGCUUCUGUUAGCAUGUCAAACCCCAAAACUUGAAGACAGAAAGUUAAUAAUUAUCGGUCAAGAUCCCAUUGCAGCCUGAGGCAGCAAAACAUGAAGAUUGUGCCCCAAAUGGCCGUAGCCUCUGUGCCUCUGUUCCCCAGGAGUGUUGUGAGGACUGAGGUUUAAGCACCUGAAGAGUUAACACUUCCGUGUCUUUUUCCUUGGAAGAUCUGGAGGUGAAUGGAAUUGCCUGGAUUUGGGCCAAGUUCUGCACAAUACUCAGACACGUCUCUGGGACCUGCAAUGACAAGUCAGAACAGUAGCCAUGCAGAGAAAACUGGUGAAAUGUCCUCAAAGCAGUCAGCACCAAAAGUGCAGGUCCAACGAUCUGUCUCCCGAGAAACCAUCACUAUUCAUUUCUCUGCAUUUGGGAAGGAGGAAGAAGAGGAGGAAGAGGAGUUUAAAGAAUUUUUUGAUGAGGAACUAGAUGACCAAAGCAUUGUAACAGCACUUGAAGCCAAGGAAGACCUCUGCUUUGAGCAUACUGGCCAUGAUUUUUCUGGUCCAGCUACCUCGCUUAACAUGGCCAACUCUGCAUCUCUACUGUCCUCAUCACCUGCAGUUCUGCCAACAGCAGACAGUGUAAAGCUGCUGGAUUCUCCUUCUGCAUCUCACGUAUUCAGUGCAGUGCCACUAGUCCUGUCUCCCUCAUCACAUUCAUGUCACACGUCUAGCUUAUCAGGUGUGUCACCACCUGUGGAACAAAAAGCCAGCUUGUCGUCUUCCCCAUCCUCAUCUCCUUGCAGAUCAGUUGUCUGCUCUAGUGCAUCAUCCACAGUUUCUAGUUCAAAACCUUUUAAGGGUUUAGUCAAGUCCCUUUCAACAGAUGUGGAACCAAAAGAACCAACCCCACCGAUGAGACAUAGACAGUUAAUGAAAACCUUAGUGAAAUCUCUGUCUACAGACACUUCUAAACAAGAAUCUGAAGCUGUGUCUUACAGACCGCCAGACUCAAAACUGAACUUGCAUCUGUUCAAACAGUUCACUCAACCUCGAGCUACAGGUGGUGAUUCUAAAACUGCCCCCUCAUCUCCAUUAACAUCUCCCUCUGACACUCGUUCCUUUUUUAAAGUACCUGAAAUGGAGGCUAAAAUUGAAGACACUAAAAGACGCCUUUCUGAAGUCAUCUGUGAGCCUUUUCAGCUGCUCAGUAAAAUAAUGGGUGAUGAAAGUAGUAGCAACAGGCCCAAAGCCUUAUCUUCAAGUGCUUCAGAACUCUCAAACCUUUCCAGUUUGAAUGGCCAUUUGGAAAGCAAUAACAACUACAGCAUUAAGGAAGAAGAAUGUGAUUCUGAAGGGGACUUCUAUGGUAGCGGCUCUAACCUGAGUAAGAACGAACAGUCAAAAACAUCCGAGGAACACACAAAAGAGACAGAGACCAAAAGCUCUCAGUCUGCAAACACAAAGGACGUGAGUUCGAAAACUUCACUCGUACUUGAAAAAUGUUCGUUGUCUGCACUAGCAAGCAGAGAGGAUGAGGAGUUCUGUGAACUUUAUUCUGAAGACUUUUCCUUGAUAGAGGAUGAAAGCAAAACUGAUAAACCUACUGAAACUUUGCUCGAUCCUGAGGUGACUGAGGAAAACGGUACUAUGCUCAGUAGUGAAGAUGAAAAUAAUCUGGAUGUGCAACAACCGAAAAUACCAGUGAAAACUUUAUACUUCCUAACACUGUUAGUCUAUGCUUACUUUAUUAUCCCUCUCCCUGGCUACUUAAGUGGACUCUUGUUUGGAAUGGCCCUUGGAUUUAUGACAGCUGUCUGUGUGAUUUGGCUGCUUAUUCCACGUACUCACGAAUAUCUCAAAUUGCAUGGAAGUAUGAAAAAGCAGUGGAAUACAGGAGCUCUGGACAUCAAAGAACCUGAAAUACUGAAGGGAUGGAUGAAUGAAAUUUAUAAUUAUGAUCCAGAAACAUACCAUGCUACAUUGACUCACUCAGUCUAUGUGAGACUUGAAGGAAGCACCUUAAGACUUUCAAAACCCAAUAAAAAUAUUUCUAGAAGGGCUGUGUACAACGAGCCAAAGCCUGAAGUCACGUAUGUCAGCCAGAAAAUUUAUGAACUUACAGAGAGCAAGAUUUCCCUGGUUCCCAAGAGUCUGGCACGAAAACGAAUUUGGAAUAAAAAGUACCCUAUUUGUAUUGAACUUGCUAGACAGGAUGACUUCAUGGCUAAAGCCCAGUCUGAUAAAGAGACUGCAGAGGAAAAGUCAUCUGCUGAGAAAGUGGACUUGAACAAUGAGGAAUCCAAGAAACCUCAGGAUGGAGCAAAGUACACUAGCCAAAAGGAUCAAGUGCUUUAUCUCUUUGGAAGGACCGGUAGGGAGAAGGAGGAAUGGUUCCGAAGGUUCCUUCUAGCAUCCAAGCUGAAAUCUGAAGCAAAGAAACCAUCCAGUUUGUGUGGGAGCAAGUCAGGGAUCUUGCCAACACACAGUAGAACUGAUAGCCAGUCUGGAGUUCUUACACACAGUCGUAGCAGCAGCAAGGGCAGCGCGGAAGAAGUUGCAUCCCAGCCUAAGCACAAGGAUCUGGCUGGCAACGUGCGGCAGAAAAUGCUUCUGGACUACAAUAUUUAUAUGGCGAAGUGUGUUCCACAAGAAAAGAAAAGCCCAUCAGGUAGUCCAGUCCUCAGUGCAGAUAGCAGCCCUACAGCUGUGAAAAAGUUACCAGAUGCACAUGUGGAAGAUGAGGAAGAAGAACAGGAGGCCUGGGUGAAUGCUUUGCUUGGAAGAAUAUUUUGGGAUUUUUUAGGAGAAAAAUAUUGGUCUGAUCUGGUGUCAAAGAAGAUCCAAAUGAAACUUAGCAAAAUAAAGCUGCCAUACUUCAUGAAUGAGCUAACACUAACUGAGCUUGACAUGGGGAUAGCAGUGCCGAAGAUCCUUCAAGCCUUCAAACCUUCUAUUGAUUACAGAGGACUUUGGAUUGAUUUGGAAAUGUCCUACAAUGGAUCUUUCCUAAUGACCCUAGAGACCAAGAUGAACUUGACCAAACUUGGUAAAGAGCCUCUUGGUGAAGCACUGAAAGUUGGAGAGAUCGGCAAAGAAGGUUUCAGGCCAAGGGCGUAUUGUCUUGCAGACAGCGAUGAGGAAUCCUCCAGUGCUGGGUCUUCAGAAGAGGACAAUGCUCCUGAAUUGGCAGGAGAGAAGCAAGUGACUCCAGGAGCAGAAGGGUAUGUUGGAGGACAUCGGACAAGUAAGAUUAUGAGAAUUGUGGACAAAAUUACUAAGUCAAAAUAUUUUCAAAAAGCAACAGAGACUGAGUUUAUAAAGAAGAAAAUUGAAGAGGUCUCCAAUACUCCAUUGCUGCUAACAGUUGAAGUACAAGAGUGCAGAGGAAUGCUAGUAAUUAACAUUCCACCUCCACCUACUGACAGAAUAUGGUAUGGCUUUCGAAGACCUCCCUACCUGGAGUUAAAAGCUCGGCCAAAACUUGGUGAAAGAGAAGUGACUCUGGUUCAUGUAACUGACUGGAUAGAGAGGAAACUGGAACAAGAGUUUCAGAAAAUCUUUGUCAUGCCAAACAUGGAUGAUGUUUAUAUUCCUUUAAUGCACUCAGCCAUGGAUCCCCGCUCCUCUACAUACCCUACUAAAGAUCUGAUCACGGAGGCCCCUGAUCAACCAUAACAUGUGAAGACUCUUGCAGUUUACAGUAUUAUAGACGUUAUUCUCAUGGUUUUAUAAACUGUGCUGUAGUUCUCAUCCUCAAUUUGUGCCACUUUUUUCCCCCCUCCCAAGGACUGCCUAGAACCAUACCUUUGUGCUCAUUUGCCUGGUUAUUGUUCCUGUGUACUUUAAGCUACAUGAAGUGUCAUUCCAUUAAGCAGUUGAUUUAUUUUUGUACUGGCUACCAUCAGGAUUUUAACUCAGAGGCUAAGAUGACCUGUUCCUUGGGGGAGGGAGGGAGAACCUAGCUAUAAUAGAUCAAGGAGCUUGUUGACACAGCUUUUGUUAGCUUGUUUUCAUGCUAUGUUAGUAUGCAUUAAAGCAUUGAAAGAUUGUUUGGCAGCAAAGGAACUGCGUGCCAAAUGGAAAAAGUCCUAAAUAAGGAAUGAGUUUAUAAAAACUGGAAGAAUAUUUUUCUUUCUCAGGCAGUUGGAGGUGUAGAAUGAACUGUUUUAUGUUCUUUCACUUCUGCAGUCAAUAGCUUGUGUCAAGCAAUCGAAAUAUGAAAUGCUUUCAGGAUAAAAGAAUGUAAAUUGGAUGUAUAGGUAAUAUUGUGAUUCAAUGUGGUAUAUACAUAUUACUUUUUUCAUAUAGAACUUGUGCUUUUUUUGGGGAAGCAACUAGCCAUAAAACACACACACACAACUAUCAGUGAAGGUGGGACUGUCUUUUGUAAAUGAUGAGAAAAAAGUUGGUAAAGCCAUGAGACCAAACUAUAGCAAGCCGCCUUAUAGUGAGGUACAAUCACCUUGGUUCAUGAUUAAUUCUGAAUGUUUAUAAAGACAUGAGCACACAUGAAAUGUCUAAUACUGCACAUUACCAGAAGUACUUAGUUACCCUACUGUGUAUAGAGCCUCUUGCUACAAUGAAACACACUAAGUUUUUUCUUAUAGGAGAGUUUGUUGCUGUGACUCUUUCCAUUGCACUGUGUUUACAUGCAAAGAGCAUGGGACCAAAUUCUCACAUUACAGCUGUGCAGCUCCAGGCAUCAAAUUGCCAGGUGUUUGUGAAAACAGCUGUAAUGGGAAGAUUUUGACCCCUGUGCAUUUUUUUUGACUUUGUGAAAUAGGAAUUCAAGUAUUGCAGUUACUCAAGCUGAUCAUGAUAUAAAGACUGUUUGUGCUAAUUAAUGGCCAAAACUAAUGGGGGAUGGGAAACUGCCUUUUAUUUCUAUCUGAUGAUUCAUGAGUAAAUGUAUGCAGUAAAUUCAAUAUUUGAACACUACAUAUCCACUACUUAACACAUGUAAUAUUUUUCUGAUACUCAGUGUUGCCAACAGUUCAUGGAUGUCAGAAAACAUUUUAGUUUACAAAGAAGGUGAGUUUUGGCUCUCCUUUUAUAACAUAAUUUGCUUUUUUUUAGAAGUAAUUUUUUAAGAACUUUUUUGUACGUUGUGUUGUCACAUUUGAUGUAAAUCAAAAUUUCCACGUGUAACUUGAUGAUUUACCAUCUCUAAAUGAAGCUAUUAUAUUGAAGGUUUUUUAAACAGCACCUUGCCUGAAACAUAAAAGAAAACUAGCAUUUAAUAUAUUUAAAAUUAAUUCUAUAUUUGAACACCUAUUUUGGUUACCUUUAAUUGAAAUAUUAGUAUAUUUGUUACCUGAACUCCUCCUUGACCAUUCCAGGCUGUGUAUAUUCUGGGUUUUGCUCUGAUUAUGUAGGCAUUAUUUGCCUUUCAUGAAGUCUGCAUGUCUUGUACGCAGGUCUUUUAUAUGAUUUAAUUUUUAUGUGCAAUAACUAAAGUCAAAGGACUAGAUGCACUAAUGCGUAAACAGAUUUAGAUUAUUACACAAGAUUGUCAUAUUGCACUUCAUAAACUGUGGGUAACUACAAUCUGCUUGCUUUGUUUUAUUAAAUAAAUCUAUCUCAUGUCAAA